AUGGAGCUGACAAAUGGAAAAUACAAAUUUGCCAUAGUAAAAUUUCCUGAAGAAGAUGAUGCUCUAGGAAAAAUAGCCUUAUGCUGGAUUCAAAAUGAUGGGACCACAUGUUUAUACCCACCUGUGACCACUGAUAGCAAAAGAAAUAAAUUAUUGAGGGAAGAAGCCUUACCAUUACAAUCCUGGAGUUCUCAUAAGAUAUCUUUAAUGAAAAAAUAUGCAACAUACAACGAUGCAAGAGAGCAUCUUCGAAAAGCUGAAGAAACAUCAAACCUCGAAAGUGAAGAAGAAAUUGGGGUGAAGAGAAAAAAGAAGGCAAAAGACAUAAUGUUGCCAGGAGAAGAAUCGAGUGAUGAAGAUUACAUGCCGAAGAAAAAAUGUAAGACCAACCAUGUCACAGUUCAUCCGUAUCCAUCUCUUGAUUCUUUUUCAGCUUCAUUCUCAUCCUCACCAUCUACUGGUAUGGAAGUUCAUGAAAUGUGGUCUUCCAUCCCUCCAAAUUCAUUAACUCCUAGGCCUAGUUCAUUCUCCAAUGCCAAAAUUCCUCCAGCACCACUUGCUUCAGCACCACUUGCUUCAGCACACUGCCCGAGAAAAGAAAAAUCUGCACCACUGGAUGUUGAGCGCAUCUGGCUCAUUGUUGGCCAGUUACAAGCUGCAGCAGCUAGCCAGUCUGAAGAAAUCUCUCAGCUGAACAGAAAAAUUGACCUGUUAUUGGCUCGAGGAUGUGUCAACAGUACUUAUCAGGAGGCGGAUGAAAGUAAUGAGCAGGCACUAAACAGUCUCCCUUUAUCAUGUAGAUGUAGAUGUUAG